AUGGAUAAUUCCAAGGAGAUUCCAAACUUUACAAAUCAACUUUUUCAAGCACGUGAAACUCUUACGACUAUCACUGAAAAAGAUGAAUCAGCAGCAGCAGAAGAGGAUCUUGAACAUUCAAAAGAGUUUCCAAAGUUUAUGGAUCCUCAUCCUCUAAUGAGACGGGAAUUAAAUUUUAGUUUGAUACCCAGGGUGCCUUUGACAAUUAAACAUAAAAUUAAAAAUAAACGCUUACAGUCCUGUUUGAGUAGAGUAAUGACCCAUCUGCAAAAUAAAGAUAGAAGCCUGAUACUACAGCAAAUGGGAAAGAUGACUGAUGAAUCGAUGCCGUUGAGAAGAGUCAAUGUACCCUCUUGUUUACUACACUUUAAUAUCCAUGAUAUAUUAGUUAGACAAGCACUUUGCUGUGCGCAAAUUGGUCGAGCGUUACCUGGUCCAAGUCAACCCAACACAUUACCUUGGCUAACAGAUUCCGGUCCUUGGCCAUCAUUACAUACAGCGCGGCAAACUUUUGAUGGUUUGCCACCGAUACGUAGAAGGAAAUUUGUCGAAGAAAUAGAGGGCCCCGUAGAAAGUGUCGAACAAGAAGAAUUACUUAUGAAUAUGGCGGCAAUGAAUAUCAAGGAGCCAAGACCUCCUCCGACUGAAUAA